AUAAAGACCAAAACAAACAAGGGGGUCUUCUGCAAUAUUGAAAGCUUUUGCUCUUAAUAUAUUAUUAUAUAGGCAGAUUUGUUGCAGCUAUAUAUAUAUAUAUAUACAUGAUAUGCCAAUUUGCAGAAGAAAAAGAGACUUUCUCUGAGUAGCUUCUUCUUGCUAUGGCAGAGGAAAACCAAGAAACAAAGCUUCCCCAAGGGCAGAUUGGUCAUGAAUCAACAGUGUUACCACCAAGCAGAGCUCGGAAAACAACAUGGCCGGAGGUAGUAGGACUACCGGCGGAAGAAGCAGAGAGAAAAAUUAAGGAAGAGAUGCCGGGAGUUCGAAUUCAGGUGGUUCUACCAAAUUGCUUUGUCACCAUGGAUUUCAAUCAGCAACGGGUCCGAUUGCACGUUGAUUCCUCUGGAAAAGUAGCCAGGCCUCCUAAAAUUGGCUGAUUAAAUUAAUAUAUAAUAUACAAUAUUGUUGUUUCCAUUCCAGCAAUGUGAUUGAUUACUUGCUUUCCUGUUCAUCCAAUGAAAACAAAUGUAAGAAUUUGAAAACUAGUUUUAAAACUUGCAUGCAAUCCAAAGGUGUUUGUUGUGACCACUGAAUUUGGGCUCUUCUAAGAAUUGAAAAUGAAAUGAAGGAUUGAGUAGUUGUUUA